CCAUAGUAUCCUAAUCGGCUCUCAGGAAGCCAUAUUCCCCAAGUGAUGUCUGAACACUCACGACCGGAGGCGAGUGAUGCAUGGGCUCUUUUGGCCCUAAAAUCAGCCCCAGCUAGUCCAUCAAAGCUUCAAUGGAGUCCAGAGAGCGACGGAACUGCUAUAGCUCGCCUAGAAGGUCGGGAGUUCGAAUAUAUGGUGCGUCAGAAGAGGAUUACUAUUGGCAGAAACAGUUCUCGAGGCGAGGUCGAUGUAAACAUGGGACACUCCAGUUUUAUUUCGCGAAAACAUAUUGAAAUAUUCUUUGAACAUCCUCAUUUUUAUAUGUCGUGUAACGGGAAGAAUGGUGUUUUUGUUGAUGGUGUUUUCCAAAGAAAAGGUGCUCCGUCGUUACAGUUACCGAAAACGUGUACGUUCCGUUUCCCAAGCACCAACAUCAGGUUGGUGUUUCAGUCCUUAGUGGAUGAGGCCGACCCUCCAGUAACUGUUCGCCAGCCCUCACCUGCAAGGUCAAGAGACCCACUGCCACCUCUUAGGAUUAAUAUUCCUGAUCCGGAUGUGGGCUUCAACAGCCCUUUUCCAUCACCUACAGGCACAAUCAGUGCUGCCAACUCUUGUCCAGCCAGUCCAAGAGGGGGGCAUGGUCAUGGCCGGCGCAAUGUCACUUCAGACCUGCAAAUGGCAGCUGUAUAUGCAGCAGCUGUUGCUGGAGGAGGAAACAGUGGCCCCCUGCAGUCUGUCAUGAGUACCAUCACUGUUGCCUCAUCAAGCACUGCAGAAGACAGGCAUAGUGGUGCAGCAAUGUCUGCAUCUGUACCAAGUCCAGAUAACCACCAGUCAGGAGCACUGGAGACCAGUAAUAGUCACAAGCUCUACCGGACAGGUGGUCCCAAUGGAACAGCCACUUCCUGCCCUCCACCAUCUGUCUCAGAGCCCUACAGCCCACCAAAGGAUGAUUCCAAACCUCCUUAUUCAUAUGCCCAGUUGAUUGUACAGGCUAUAGCUUCUGCUACAGACAAACAGCUGACCCUGAGUGGCAUCUACUCCUAUAUCACAAAAAACUACCCAUACUACAGAACAGCAGACAAGGGGUGGCAGAACUCUAUUAGGCAUAAUUUGUCGCUGAACCGAUAUUUCAUCAAGGUGCCAAGGUCACAAGAGGAACCAGGGAAAGGUUCUUUCUGGCGUAUUGACCCACAGUCUGAAGCAAAACUUAUAGAACAAGCCUUCAGAAGAAGAAGACAAAGAGGUGUUCCUUGUUUUCGAGCCCCAUUUGGUCUUUCAUCGAGGAGUGCUCCUGCCUCUCCAAGCCAUGUUGGGAUGAGUGGACUUAUGACACCAGAGUCACUUUCACGGGAAGGUUCACCUACACCCGACUCGUACCCAGACAGCACUAUCUCUUCUCCUGUCAUUCACGGGACACACCUUGAAGUCAAAACAAGCCAGUCAGCACCUGGUUCACCAGGUCAUCCAGGAGUGACAUUUGUUACAAGUGGACUAGUAGGUCAGCACCAACAGAUGGCACUGGUAAGCAAGUCUCGACUCAUGCUACCUGCACAGCAGAUCACUGUGGUGACCAAUGGUGUUGGUGGAGAAGUGGCGUGUGAAGAAAAGUACCUGGUACCAAACAGUGCAACUACCCUUGUUAGCGUAGCUGAAGAACGAUCGUUAUCUCCAGCUUCAUAUUCUCAGGCACCUGUAAUAGUCCAGGCUGCUUACACAAACUAUAGUGGGGCAUUUGUGGCCCCCACAGUGCCAUCUGGUGGUGGAAGCAGCAACAGUAGUAGCAGCAGCUUGGACCAAGUUGGUGGUAGUAGUGGUGGUGGUGGUGUGAAAAGACUCCAUUCAGAGGUUGAUGACAGUUCACCACCCCUUAUAGUCGCAGGUGGAGAGGCUGACACCACUGUGACUGAAGAGGGAAAGAAAGCUAGAACAGAGGUUGAAAACUGCGAGUAGUGGGAAAUGAGUACUGUAAAAGAAUUUCACGUGUCCUGAAAGGUUGCCAACUGGUUUGGAAAUUAAGCAUGUAAGGGUGGUGUAUUAUCAACACUAAUUGUAAGUUACAAUGUUUAGUUCAUCAGCUGCUGAAUCAGCCAAGUGACUGAUGCUUAAAAUAAUCAGUUGUUGCAAGCUGUAGGUUUCAAAGAAACAAAGAGAAGUGUGUUACAUAAAAAGUACGUGGAUUAUACAUAAUACCUUGGUGAAGAGACUGCUUCCAACUGUUCCAUACAACUACAACUGCUGGUAGUGAAAUUAGUAUGGACUAGUUGCUGGUUCCCAACUUCAUGCUUAAUGUAUGUAAUACUGACAUAUUUAUUCGAGGAGAUGAUGUCUAAUUAAAAUUAUAUUUUCCAUUAAAUUAGUUUUAGGACUGUGUGAAUUAAUUGAUGUGUACAUUGAUUUAUAAACUGAAUAAAUUGAUUGAUCAAAGAAUAAUGGUAAUAUCAGUGACUAAAGUUCUAAAACUGCCCUGGCAUAUAAAGAAAAGCUUCUUGGAAGAAUACAUUUAGUGCAUAUUUAGUGUAAAUAUGCAUUUUUGUCUGAUAAAAUUCAAUGUUUUUGAAGCAUUUCCUUGUGCAAUGCACAGCGCUGUGGGUAUCCUGUCUGAAGGUGCAUGCAAUGCAGAGAAGUUGGGAACCAUUGACAAAUGCUCUACACCAGUUACUUAAGGCAUUUUGUGUUGGUAGGAAGUCAGGAUCAGACCAGUUAAACUGCAGUGUCUUGUUUUCCUGUACUGCAAUUGGUUUUAAGUUCAUAGAUAUGUCCUCCAUUUCUUUCUGUGACUUUUACUCUUCUGACUAACAGGAACUCAGGACCAGCAUGUUUUUCAUGUUUGACAUGAUGAUUCAUGAAUGGCAUUACAUUCAAAACAAGUGUACUGAAGCAUAUUUUACUGUGACUCACAUAUAAGUAUGAAAUUGUUACUAUUAAAAAUAUCAGUACUGUGUAACUUUUCUGCGUUUAUAUAAAUAUCCUAAACUGUUGCUAUGUUCACUUCCAAGAUGCAGUUUGCAGGUGAUCAACAGCUGGUCCAUUUAAUUUGCACUAGUCUUGUGUGUUUCUGUUGAAUAGUAUGUAUGUAUGUAUAAUUGAAAUAUCCUACAAGCACAAAAUGCCUUCAGAUUCACGUUGUUAUUUCCUGUUGCUGCACAAGGGGAUUAUAAUAUAACAAGCGGGUAAGGGAUGAGAUAUACUCGUUGACAAAUAAUUUUCAUGGUGGUUCAAAGUAAUGUAUAUGUCUUGAACAUUCAUCAUAUAUAAAGGUCUUGGAAAAGUGUUACAGGUUACUUAACUUAAUGUAUGUUUUUCAGGUAAAAAAUGAAGGAAAUUUAAUAGUAUGAAGUGGCAUAUUGUAAAAAUUCAAUCUUAAUUCAUUCACUAGUUCAGUCAAAGUAAUCUCUGCAGUGACAUUACCUUUAGACCAGACAGAAUUAAGUUAAAGUUGUCUACCCAAGCACGAAGCCAUGAAGCCAAUUGAAAAUUGAUAAGAAAUUGUUACCCAAACAAUUAACUCACACUCUUCCAUUUACUAGUUGUGUCCUUGAAUGUCCUAUCCUAAUCAGGAGCUUCUUGCUCAGUUGAUGGUUUGUUAAAAUGGAAGGAGACUUCAAUAUCACUGCACUGCUGGGGCUCAGACUGUAGCAGUUUGAACCACUAGUAGGCAUGUUAAAAGAUUCAUGGAAAUUGUGCCAGUUUCAGUGCUUGCUCAGUAUUCACUGUCUUCACUGUUAUUGGUGGUAGAUUUUUUGACUACCUUACCAAGGAAAAUAAGAGAAAACUACUGUACAUAAAUGAUCCUAGUAAAAGCCAUGCUUUCCUUUAGUUUUAUUAAAAGAGGAGUGUACUUCUCAUUGUGUUUGAAGUGUGAUCUUUUUCUCCCAAAAUUGUGAACACAGAAUAUAUUCUAAAUAGAAUUAUGUGUGCUCAUGUUCCAAACAUCAAUGGGACAUAGGUAAGUAUUGGGUUUUAUGCCCCUCUCCCCCCAAUAAAGUGCCCCUGUUCACUUCAUAAGCUGAGUGAUCAUAAGUAUCUCUGCUGUACAUUUUGAAUUAAUUGUUGUGUUAGUAUAAGUAUUAUAUAUGUUAGUUUCAAAUUUGUGGUGUACUUAGUUCCCACUAUGUAGCAUAAAUGUGUCUUACUCCAUAAUAACAUUUUCAUCCAUGCAUUGGCAACAUUUUUUACCUGCUGCUGUCACUAGCAACUAGGAUUCAGAUGGUUAUGUAUUGAAUGAAUAUGAAAUAUGCACAGUAAGGCAAAAGGAUGCAAUUCUUUGGCCAAUAUUUCCCUUAUCACUGGAAAAAUAAACAGUUUUGAUAAUGUUUGCAGAUUGUAGUAUUUAAAAUUACAGUAUGCCCACAAGACCUCCAUAGAAGGAUCAGAAUUUGCACAGAGAACAAAAUGUCCUGUGACAUCAUAAUCUAAAUCUGUAUGAUUUCAUGCUGGUGUCUUUUUAAUUUUCUACCCAAGAAUUACAUUUAAAAGUUCAUUAAUUUUUGUAACAUUUUCAGCUCCAAAAAUGUCAUUUUCCAAGUAUCUUUUUUUAUUCAGUUCCUUUCAUACUGUAGAUAAAUUUGAUUCCUAAUGUUGUCAACAUUUAAUUUUCUUACAGAGUAGCUGUAAGAAGUCAUAUGCAGUGGUUAAAAUUCUGAAGGUCUCUCUCAGAAUGUGCUGUGCUUUGUUGCUGUAGCAUAUAAAUGUACUCUUUCCAUACUCUUUCUGUAACAGUGAAUCAAAGGUGUAUUAUUCUUGAAAAUAUAAAAUUCACUGCUAAAUUAGUAAAAUUGCCAUUUAUUAUUGUGAUGUGGACUAAUAUAGCAAAGAUAAUACAUAAAUGGCCCAGAGUUCAAUUUGAAGUGGAUGGAAUCCUUAUUCAAAGUGGGACCUUCUUUCCCACUCAUCGCUGAAGUGAAGAUACAUUAAACAAUUUCAAACUUUUAAAUCAAAGAGGCACCUAAAAGUGAAUUCCAAUGUAAAUCUUUUAGGGGUGAAACCCAGAUAAGUAAUAUUGCCAUAGUAAUAUAAGAAAGCAAAAUACAUCACCAAACUUGGGUGGCUUUUUAAAGAAAUAUAUAUGUUUGUAUAACUCUCUGUUUCUGUGUUAUAAUUCAUUUUAUAAAUAAAAUAUACCGUUUGAAACAAGAUUGCUGCAAAGUAAGACAUCUUCAUUACAACAACAAAUAGAAGGAAGUAAGGCAUUAUGUAAUAGUAUAUGUGAGUGGUAGAAGUUCAUUUUUUUGUCCCAGAGUUAGAGAAAACGUUACAACAGGCAAAAUUAUUGUACCCGUUCAGCCUUUUGAUUUAUUCUUAAAUGUGUAAUCCAGCUGAGUGUGCUGACACCUCACAAGUCAAAUCACUGUUACAGUUGUAUUCAGAUGAAUUAGAUGUGAGAGUGAAGAAAAAAGACUUUUGGACUGUGGAAAGUUAUAAGUACUGUUUUGAAAACCAUUACUCUGAUAUUCAACAAAACAGGUAUCCUAGUUUCUCACUUUAUUCUGUUCCUUACGAUAGAAAUGUUCCUAAUAAUCUGUACAUAUGGUUUGUUUAUAUGACAGCAAGUGUUAGAUAUUAAAAGCAGUUUGGAAUGUUACAUUACAUACAGCUUGUUAAAGAAUGGUAUGGAUUAUUUUGAACCACCCUGUGUACAUUUCAUGGAGCUAUUUAUGGGUAUAUAAAUGACCAGCCAUUGUCCUCAGUUCUGAGGGACCACCAUUUUGUGUUUUAAGCAGUCCACGCUGAAGUUUUUAAAGAAAUGGAAGAGAAAUUUAAACAUUCUAAAUUUUCUAAUUGAGAAACUGCGUUGCUAGUUUCUAAGAAGACAGAA